AUGUUUGUGAAACAAAGAACGGGAAGGUCGUUGCGCGAAAGCGUCAGAGGCAGGAGGACCGCCGCAGAUGCGAUCGAUUCGGUCGCCCUUGGCCAAGCCACCCUCUCUCAGAGGUCAUUUGCUGAGGCGUUACAUGGAGCGAGGGCGGGCGGCGCAGAGGAAGCGGCGCUGGGUCAAGGGCGCCCCGCGGCCGCGACCGCCGCCCGUUGCAGGAAACUGCCGUCUGACAUUCUCCGAAUUAUCGCUUUGACUCUAUCCCGGGCAAGGACACCGCGCGAUGCGAACUCCAUGCCGUGCACAGAUGAAUUCAUACCACUU